GCUCUGAUUUCUUUUUUAUUAAAGAAAUGUCUAUGUAGAGGACGCGAAGCUGACCCUCUAACGGAAUACUCUGACACCCUUAGAGGCUCAUCGAAGCUCGCCAGCCAGUGUUGCGUGACUUGUGAUGAGACAUGGACCCUCUAACCAUCAUCGCAAGCGUUAUCUCUCUCGGCCAAGCCGUCGACCGCAUCGUUAUUCUGUCGUCAACCAUAAAGCCCUAUCUCGUCGCGCCAGAAGAGGUCCGGGACCUUGUUGACGAAGUGCUAGAUCUGCGGCAGGUCCUGGCGAGGCUGGAGUCGAGCACAGCCAUCUUCCCGGCGACAGAACUGCCCAUCUUGUUGCAGCUCUUAGGGUCCUGUAAUCGUCUCUUAGGGCAGAUUAAGGAGUUAAUUCAGACCAAGUGCCUUAAGCCGGUAGUGGGAGGGGUGGGUGGUGUGGGCGAGAUGAAGGUUAGGAGGGCAAGCUGGGUGAGGAAGAAGGCCGAGGUUGUGCGGCUGCUGCAGAAGCUGAGGGAUGCGAAGGCGCUGUUGUCGUUGCAGUUAGUUGCGUCCAGCUUGUCGUUGCAGAGGCAAAUUGCUGUUACGGUGCCGCAGAUUGGAGAAUGCGCUAAAAUUUUCGAGUCUGAUCGGGCGGGAAUUCAGAGUGCGCUGCACAGGAUUGUGGUAGAGGUAUAAGGUGCUAUAUCCGAGAUGGUGUCGAAGAUUGAUGUCCGUCUAGAGAAACCCAAGUUGUAUCACGCCGUCAGUCAGUCGCAGAAGCUAUUACUGGCAAGCAGUCAACUGCGCUUAGGUGAAAGCGUAUCCUCGAGCAUCGUCGGAAGCCAAAUUUCUU